CCCAACUUUGUUUUUUCUCUACCUUAACUAGGUUGUUUUUGUCUGAAAAAUCAAAAUCAAAAGCAAGUAAUGUUGGGAAUGGAAGACGCAGUUAUGAGUGAGCUGAGUGGGGAAGACAUAAACGAGCAGGGUUUGCCGCCAGGGUUUAGGUUCCACCCAACUGACGAGGAGCUCAUAACUUUCUAUCUGGCUUCCAAGGUCUACAACGGCUCUUUCUGCGGCGUCGACAUUGCUGAGGUUGAUCUCAACAGAUGCGAGCCCUGGGAGCUCCCAGAUGUGGCAAAGAUGGGGGAGAGAGAGUGGUACUUCUUCAGCUUGAGGGACAGGAAGUACCCAACAGGGUUAAGAACCAACAGAGCCACCGGAGCUGGUUACUGGAAAGCUACUGGCAAAGACAGACAAGUGUACAGCGCAUCCACUGGAGCCUUGCUUGGCAUGAAGAAGACUCUUGUUUUCUACAAAGGCCGAGCCCCACGCGGCCACAAGACCAAGUGGGUCAUGCACGAGUACCGCCUCCACGGUCGCCUCUCCUCCUACGGCGGCCACGCCUGCAAGGAUGAAUGGGUGAUAUGCAGAAUAAAUCACAAAACUGAGGACAAAAAAAACCCACUACAACUUGAUCAAGUUGAAGUUGAAGCUGCUUCAUCCAAUUGCAAUUGUCUGCCUCCAUUGCUGGAAUCUCCAACAGCAGCAGCAAAACCUACAUUCUUGCAACAAGGACAACGUCCUCAUCAAUCUCACAACCCAAUGCAAAUGCAAUCUCCUCAUCCUCUUCCUCCUUUUCUGUUUCAGCACCAAGAAAAUGACCUCAAAAGCCUCAUCAACCCAGUUGUCUCCCAACCCCACCUAUUUUCCUCCUUCCCGAUAAAUGCCUUCCAAACCCAACCCUCACCCUCUUUUUCACCCACCACCACCAACAGCAACACAGCAUUAUUAACAAAUGAUAAAAACCCAUCACCUUUGCAAUCCCUCCUCUUCAAAUCCCUUUUCUCUUCCCAUGACCAAGAUUGCAAUAAUACUAUUCCCAAACAGUGCAAGACAGAGCCCAACUACUUUUCCCAUUUCCAAACACCAGCUAAUAAUAAUAAUAAUUGUGACUUGAACUUGUUGAACUUGAUGGAAAAGAAUCAUCAUCAUCAUCAUCAUCAUCAUCAGCCAAACACCCCUUACCAUCAAUACAAUAAUCAUCCAAAUGAUCCUCUGCUUUUUGAUUGUUUGGAUUAUAGUGUGUUGGGCUUCUCAGAUGCUGCUGGUACUGCUACAACUGUUCAUGAGCAUGACACGUGUCCUUCAACUGCUUUCAACAGGGCCGGCUUUCAGACCAUGCUAGACCUCCCUCCCAUCAAAGUAACCGGAGAAUCUUGGCCUUUGGAUUAUAUCAUGGAUGCUAAGUAACAUGUUCCAGUUCCAUCUACUUUUUACCUUUAUCUUUACUACUUAUAGUGUGCUCCUUCGACUCCAUCUAUAGCUAUUGUGUAUGUAUGUGAUGUAGCUAGCUAGCUGUACUAGUAGUUUUCAAUCAAAUCUAUGUAUUAACUGUU